UACAGACUAGUUUCUAAAACAUCUCGGAAAGAGAAAGAUUGUCUAUCAGUUCUUUUAGAGGGCGAUAUGGGUCUGUUAUCUUUUCUACUUCUGAUCUUGGUUUCAGUCCAGUUGUGCUGGGCUCAGGAUGAUCCUCUUCUUCCCUUCUCUGAACACUUGGAUUCUGAGCACAAGGUACGACUGAAGUGGGGAUUCGAUGAGGUCCAGGACACCAUCGUAUUCCAGCUCACCGUCAACACCAGCGGUUGGGUCAGUUUUGGCUUCAGCCCCAACGGAGGAAUGACUGGAGCUGACAUUGUCAUUGGAGGGGUUGGACCGGACGGCACUUAUUUCACGGACUAUCAUGCUGUGGGCAAUUCCAUGCCUGUGAUUGACAAGCAACAAGACUACAAACUCCUGUCUCUAACCCAGUCUGAUGGACAAACAGUCAUGAAGUUUCAGAGGUCCAUCAAGUCCUGUGAUGAAAAUGAUUUUCCGAUAACUACGUUGCCCAUCAAGCUCAUCUAUGCGUAUGGACUGACCGAUGACAUCACGUAUCACGGUACCCGAAGGGGCACGAAGGAGGUGAACCUGUUGAGGUACAUGCCUCGGAUAACUCCUCCAGACAGCAAGUAUUUCGACAUGAUCAUGGUCAAUUUCACGGUGCCAACCAACCAAACCCACUAUCACUGCAAGAUCAUGAGAACUCCAGCUUUCAAUCAGAAGCAUCACAUUUAUCGGAUUGAACCUUUGAUCCAAAACUUGGAUCUCGUGCAUCACCUGCUGCUGUAUCGCUGCCCGCCGGGUGUGACAGAAGUCUAUGAAUCACAAUGUUACUCAGGGGUGAAUAAUGAUGAAUGUAUGGAGAUCGUGUCGGUGUGGGGAGUUGGCGGAGGGGCUUUUGAGUUCCCUACAGUGGCGGGUCUUCCGAUUGGAGGGAAUAUUGACGACGUUCUCUACAGGCUUGAAGUGCAUUACAACAACCCAAAUAAAAUCCCAGGUCGAGUUGACAACUCAGGUCUACGAUUCUAUUAUACAUCUAAACUCCGUCAGCAUGAUGCAGCCAUUUUGGGAACGGGGCUUGUGCUGGCCCACGGGUACGCCGUCCCACCUAAGGCGAAGGAUUUUUUAACAUAUGGCUUGUGUGACACAGCGCUUAUUCCACAGGAUCUGUCUCAGACUCCACAAGAUCUUCAGGUGUUCUCUGUAAUGUUACACACACACUUGGCUGGACGAAAGGUGCGAGUUGGCCAUUUCAGAGACGGAAAACAAAUCGAUCUGCUAGCUGUGGAUGAAAACUAUAAUUUUGAAUAUCAGGGAGUGACGAAUUUGGGUAAAACUAAGACAGUGAAGCUGGGGGACACAUUGCUGGUGGAGUGCACCUAUAACACGGCCACUCGCACAAAACUCACAUGGGGUGGUCUCUCAACUACAGAUGAGAUGUGCUUGGCUUUUCUUUUCUACUAUCCUGCCAUGAGUCUGACCGGCUGUAUGAGCUUCCCUAAUUUAACUGCUUUAAGAACUGAGAUGGGAAAACCAGAUCUGAAUAACUGGCUCUCGAUGAUGUCUUCAAAGACUUGGAAUGACACGUCUAUCAAUCAGUACCAACAAACACUGAAAAGAAUCGACCAGUUUGUCAUCGUUUCUGACUCGCAUAAAAACAUUUCAGGCAACAUUGGGAAGAUUCCUGAUCUCAAAGUGGUUCCAUCGGCACCCUGCAUGAGUGGAUGUGACUCUGAACGUCUUGCUUGGAUAUUGUUGCUCAUUUCUUUGGCAGUGCUAUGGGCCUACUAAACUUUAAAGGAGUGUUUCACUAUAAAAUAAAAUGUCAUGAUAAUACACUCACC